GGUCCUUGUCAAAAAAAGCACUGUGGUGCUGGACGUGUUUGCAAGUUGACUGAAGAUGGAGAAGCAGAAUGUGUUUGUAUUUCAGAUUGUCCUGUUGAAACAGAGGAUAGAAGAAAGGUUUGUUCAAAUUAUAAUCAAACAUGGGGUUCUGAUUGUGAAAUUCACAGAAUGCGUUGCAACUGUGAAGAAAAAUCAGAAAAAUGUAGUAAUCCAGAAUUUAGUCACCUACAUGUGGAAUAUUAUGGAGCUUGUAAACAAUUGUCAGCGUGUUCUGACUCAGAAAUGGAAGAUUUCCCAAGGAGAAUGAGGGAAUGGCUUUUUCACAUUAUGCAAGACUUAGCAGAUAGAGAAGAAUUAAGCCCCCAUUUUAAAAAUAAGAUGAAUGAUGCAGAAACUAAUAUGACAAAACUUUGGAGUAAUGCUGCUGUUUGGAAGUGGUGCGAUUUAGAUGGUUAUCCACAUGAUAGGUUAGAUGACAAAACGUAUUAUUAAUUUAUUGACAA